AUGUCGAAUCUGAUUCCGAACGAUGUGGAGCAGAUGCACUCAGUCAAAAUCGACUAUGUGUCCACCCGCGUUGAAAAAGAAGACCUGGAGAAGCUGUUUGGCAAGUAUGGUCGAGUCGGAGAUGUGUAUUUGCCGAGCCAUCCCAAUGGCGACCGCAAGGGUUUCGCCUUCGUGCGAUUCUACAACAAGCAGGAUGCAGAGGAUGCCGUGAAGGAGAUGGAAGGCUAUGAGCUCGAGGGAAAGACGCUCAAAUGCAUGCUUGCAACUGUCGAUUCAACCCAAAUGUGCGCAAGAGUUCUGGACGCUCGAGGUCAAGGUCCCGUUCCCGGCGGGGCCGCCGCGACUCGAGAUCGAGACGACGUGAUGCAGCUUAGACCGCAAGCCACAUGGUAUGUGCACGUGAAAACCCACAAACAAGUAUACAUACGUAUGUAG